AUGCUAAAAAUAUCUCAACCGAGGAUAGAACCCGGGACCUUACCCACCAUCAGGACGGUUCUCAGUAAACGACGUGAGGGCUCUCUCCAACUACUGUCACAGUCGUCGGGCUGGGCCGAGGCUUUCUCUCGACAUGUUUCCUUGCUUCUGCAAGUUCCUUCUGUAA